AUGGACGAAAUCGGUACCCACAAGGGUCAACGCCAGAGUGAGCAACGACUCACUCAUCUCGGUGUGACCAUGUACAUUAGAAGGCUUAUCCAAUCCGUUCCCUACAAACCUCCCUCUCUCCCGCCAAGAUUACUCCCUUUGGCCGACUUGGUUGAGGAAGAACACACCCCCCAUUAUAAACCUCAGCACUUUUAUCCUGUACGUCUUUAUGAGAUCCUCAAUAACCGAUAUCAAAUCGCCGCCAAAAUAGGCUGGGGAACAAGUUCGACAGUAUGGCUAGCACGGGAUCUCCAUCAGUGGCGAUGGCUUCCACCCCGAUAUGUGGCCAUCAAAGUCAACGCAAGCAAUUAUGCAUCUCAGGAGUCUGCGGAGCAGGAGGUGCGCAUUACUGAGCAUAUAACCAAAGCAAAUCCCCAGCAUCCAGGCCGCAACUUUGUCGCCAUCUUGUUAGACUCGUUUCGUGUUGCUAGUCCGGGCGGCACUCAUGUUUGCAUGGUCUUCGAUGCGCUUUGUGAACCCUUAUGGAUGUUGAAGCGUCGUUUCGAGGGAAACACCAUCCCCCUCGACGUCUUGAAGCCGGUGUCUAAACUCAUACUAGAAGGGCUACGGUACCUUCACACCGAAUGCCAUGUUAUUCACACAGAUCUGAAGUCUGAUAACAUCUUACUGUCCCUACGCAACCCGUCUAUCCUGAACUCGGUCGCACAGGAUGAGAUGAACAACCCCUCUUCACGGAAACACUUGGACGAUCGGGACAUAUACUUAUCCCGAAAUUACUGGGGACUGUCGCCCAACGAACUAGGUAGAUCGGUAAUAACUGACUUUGGGCUUGCCGUGCGCGGUGACGGCCCUCCGAACACCCACCCCAUCCAGCCAGAGGGAUAUCGGGCCCCGGAAGUUUGUCUCGGAGGCGAUUGGAGCUACAGUGCUGACAUUUGGAACUUGGGGGUUAUGCUUUGGGACCUGUUCUAUGGCCGCGGACUCUUCGAUACGCCACCGGACUCUCGCGUCUCAGGCUCUGCAGACGAAGCACAUCUGGGUCAGAUAAUCACGCUCCUGGGGCCUCCUCCACUUGAUCUUCUUAGCCGGGGGAAAGAAGCAUCUCGGUAUUUUGACGCUGAAGGACAAUUCAAAAACCCGAAUAUUAUUGGGAAAAAGGACCUGGUUUCCAUGGCUAAGGAGAUUGAUGGUGACGGUGAAAUGCCCCAGUUUGUAGACUUUAUUUCUGGAAUGCUACGAUGGAGACCCGAGGACCGGACCACGGCGGAGGACCUGCUCUCCCAUCCAUGGCUGCCGUGA